GGUGAGUUGUCCGCGUGGGUGCUGGAAAGCGCCAAGCCGGCGGCGGGCGAAGGGCACGAGCCGGGCCCUGAGGAACUCAGCACGCGCCGCCGCGUCACGCGCGGUCUCGGCGCCGCAAGCCGCGCACAUAACGAUACUGGAUUUGAGCUGCAUUUUGGAAUUCAUCUACACUUAAAAUGCCUCCUGCAAUUGGAGGACCAGUUGGAUAUACCCCCCCAGAUGGAGGCUGGGGAUGGGCAGUGGUAGUUGGAGCAUUCAUUUCUAUUGGCUUCUCUUAUGCAUUUCCCAAAUCCAUCACUGUGUUCUUUAAAGAAAUUGAAGGUAUAUUCAAUGCUACCACCAGCGAAGUGUCGUGGAUAUCCUCCAUCAUGUUGGCUGUCAUGUAUGCUGGAGGUCCUAUCAGCAGUGUCCUGGUGAACAAGUAUGGCAGCCGCCCGGUCAUGAUUGCUGGGGGCUGCUUGUCCGGCUGUGGCUUGAUGGCGGCUUCCUUCUGUAACACCGUGCAGGAGCUUUACUUGUGCAUUGGCGUCAUCGGAGGUCUUGGGCUUGCCUUUAACCUGAAUCCAGCUCUGACCAUGAUUGGCAAGUAUUUCUAUAAGAAGAGACCACUGGCCAAUGGACUGGCCAUGGCAGGCAGCCCUGUAUUCCUCUCUACCCUGGCCCCCCUCAACCAGGCUUUUUUUGGUAUCUUUGGCUGGAGAGGAAGCUUCCUAAUUCUUGGGAGCCUCCUGCUAAACUGCUGUGUAGCUGGAUCCCUGAUGCGGCCAAUAGGGCCCAAGGCUACUGAGGUAGAAAAAGUUAAGUCCAAAGAAUCUCUCCAGGAACCUGGCCAAUCUGGUGCAAAAAUAGGUGCAGGUGAUGCAAGUACAGAUCUUAUUGGAGGAAACCCCAAACAGGAAAAACAAUCCAUCUUCCAAACGAUUAAUAAAUUCCUUGACUUGUCCCUCUUCACUCACAGAGGCUUUUUGCUCUACCUUUCUGGAAAUGUAGUCAUGUUUUUUGGACUCUUCACACCGUUGGUCUUUCUUAGUAAUUAUGGCAAGAGUCAGCACUAUUCUAGUGAGAAGUCAGCCUUCCUUCUUUCCAUUCUGGCUUUUGUUGAUAUGGUGGCCAGACCUUCCAUGGGACUUGUGGCCAACACGAAGUGGAUCAGACCUCGGAUCCAGUACUUCUUUGCGGCUUCUGUAGUUGCGAAUGGAGUGUGCCAUUUGUUAGCGCCUUUAUCCACCAGCUACGUUGGCUUCUGCAUCUACUCGGGAUUCUUUGGCUUUGCCUUUGGGUGGCUCAGCUCGGUAUUGUUUGAAACACUGAUGGACCUCGUUGGACCCCAGAGGUUCUCCAGCGCUGUGGGCUUGGUGACCAUUGUGGAAUGCUGCCCUGUCCUCCUGGGGCCACCACUUUUAGGUAGUCUCAAUGACAUUUACGGCGAGUACAAAUACACGUACUGGGCGUGUGGCGUCAUCCUCAUCAUCGCAGGUGUCUAUCUCUUCAUUGGCAUGGGCGUCAAUUAUCGACUUGUGGCAAAAGAACAGAAGGCAGAGGAGCAGAGAAAGGAAGGGAAAGAGGACGAGACCGGUAUGAACUCAGAUGAGAAGCCAAAAGAAGUUACAAAAGCAGCACAGUCUCCACAGCAUAACAGCACAGAAGGAGACCCCAAAGAGGAGGAGAGUCCAGUGUGACCCCGCGGGCCAUUACCCAAGACAUCCGAAGAUCUACUGGCCUGUAGUAUACCAGUGGUGCUCUCUGAGACGGUGGACAUUCUGUGCAAACAUCCCAGGUGUUCAUUGAUGGAUUUUGUUUCACUCCUUACCAAUGCCUGAAUUUAAAGUAUCAUACACUUUGGGGAGGACAGGGUUGGUAAAGGAUGUAGGAAAGAAGUAGGGUUUUUGUUACUGUUUUUUGUUUCGUGUUCUUGGUUUUUUUUGUUUUGUUUUUCUUUUUUAUUGUUCUUAGCUUUUAACAGUGUCAUGAAUAUUACAAUAUGUGCCUUAAGUUUUAGUGUGUAGAAAUCUCUAGAGAGCCUUAACUUUUUAAAUCAUUCUGCUGAGUUCAUAUAUUUUAAGUAGCACCUUCAAAGAAAAAAUAACAACUAACUUGUUUGAGGCAACUCUUAAAUUUAAAGUUUAUCUUGCUUCAUUAUUUGUUAUAUGUUGUCAGAUGUUACUGGAACAUUUAUGAAAUACUGGGUAAAGUUGGAUGUUUUAUAAAAUACUGACAUUUUUCUAGCAUUGGUAGUUGCUUGGUAUAUAUGCUUGCUAUUUAAAAAAUUUAAAGUUUAAAACUUCUGAAACAUGUUGGCUGUUCCAGCCACAUUAUAUUCAGGAAGACCUCUUUGGCUCCUUUCCUGAGAUGCUUAUUAGAAGCCGAGUGCUGGAGUGUUGUUUUCACUAAGUUACUACGUUCGCACCCUGUUCCAAGACAUUUGGAGUGGGUACAGAGCAUUUCCCCUCUUCAAACCAGUUGCUAUUAUUUUUCUCACUGUAAAAAUUAGUAUUAAAAUCUACACAUCAUAUAUUUAAUGUAGGUAGAUAGUUCAAAUAAUCAGCUGAAUUCAGCUUAGGUUUUUCCAAGACCCUAAUUACACUGGAAUCCUCAAGUGUGUGUGUUUGGUUUUGGUGUUUUAGUUUUUUGGUGGUGCUGGGGAUUGAACCCAGGACCUUAAGCAUGGUGAGCAUCAGCUCGGCCACUGAGCCGCACCCAGCCCUAUAGAAUCUCCUACCCUGUCAGUUUUCCCCUUUGGUUUUUGGUGGUUCCAUUCAUACUUGCUUCAAGCUGAAAGCUGUAUGUGAGAGAUGCAGUACCGACUGAAUAUGUGUGUGUGUGUGGUGUUUGGGUUUGUUUGGUUUUUUCUUAAUAUAUAUUUUUUUCAGUGUUUGCAAAUUCAAAAGGGCCAGAAAAAUUUGGCCACAGGCAAACCAAUAAAGAUAAAGUGGAAGGAAGAUUGAGAAGUGCCCUUCCUUUCAAUAAGGAACCCCCCUCCCAUUUCCCCCCCUCUUUCUGAGAAGACUUAGAAACAAACAUGCCACACUUAGAAUUAUUGGACACAAACCUUAAGCUUGGUGACGCUUCACUUACCUGAAAUGUAGGAAAAUGGGCUCAGUACAAGGAAAGGUGGGAGGGUAGAUCAGAAUGAAACUGUAAAUAUUUUUUUAACCUAGUAUCUUCUAAAUUGAGGCAGAACAAUGAGAGAUGUAACAUCCAAUGAAUUAUCUUCAAUGCAUUUAAAAUACCACUGUAAUUGACAGAAUGAAAAUACAGAUUCAAAACCUUGUGUUAGAGGCUGACUUUUCCAAAUAAAACAUUUAUUUUAUU